AUGUCUCAUUUAUCCGAACAAGCCGUUGACGCUAUCGUCGCCAACAUCGAUAAAAUGAUCACCGAAGUCAUCUCAGCCAACACCGAAUGGUUGGCGUUAUGCCGGCUAGUCCGUCAAGAUGAUCCUAUGGCUACAGCGGCACAGAAUAUUGUUGAUCGAGUUAUCAAAGUUAUGAAUGAGACGCGCGAAAUGUUGCACUGGCACGCGAACAAUGGGAAAAGGCUGUGCAAGCUGGAACGCUACCUCGGAAAGAAUGAUAAGUUUGACAAGAACCUGCGCCGCGCAUUCGAGCUACAUGAUCAGUGGGCCGGGGGUUUGACCGAAGAGCUCAAAGAAUUGACCUUAUGGCGCGAUGAAUGGUCAUCGAUCUCGGAAACGCUGCACUAG